AACUGCCAGUGAGGAUGUGUUUGAUUAUGAGGUUAGCAUGCUGGUGGGUGCUGGGAUUGGAGUGACCCCAUUUGCCUCUAUCCUAAAGUCCAUUUGGUACAAGUUUAAAGACUCCAACCCCAAACUACGAACCAAGAGGAUUUACUUCUACUGGUUGUGUAGAGAGACACACGCCUUUGAGUGGUUUGCAGAUCUUCUACAGGUCCUUGAGAAGGAAAUGGAGGAGAGAAGAAUGAAGGACUUCCUCACAUAUAAACUCUACCUUACCGGCUGGGACCAGAGCCAUGCAGACCAUGUAAUGGUGCAUUUUGAUAAGGAUACAGAUAUCAUCACUGGCCUAAAGCAGAAGACUCACUAUGGCCGACCAAACUGGGAUAAGGAAUUUGAGGAUGUUCGGAGAGAGAAUCCCUCGUCAGUGGUUGGGACAUUCCUGUGUGGCCCAGUAGCAUUAGCGAAGGUCUUGGAGAAGAAAUGUGUGAAAUAUUCUGAUGUGGAUCCACGGAGGACCAAGUUUUACUUUAACAAAGAGAACUUUUGAGGAAUGCCUUUGCAAGAAUCCUGAAUCACUUUGUAUGGUGCUCUUCUGCCGUGUCAGUGCCAUGAUUUAGAACUGAAUUGCCACAUCUCAAAUCUUCUUGUUUAAAUAACUCUUUGUUUGAGAAUAUAAGCUUGCACACACAAAUAGACACGCUACUUCCUGACAAGUGAACAAAUUGUCUGAAGGAAAAAAAGUCUAAUAAUUGUAUUUUUUUAUCGAGGAGUUCCUGGUAAGGAAUGAAUCACUAUGAUUCAAGGAAAUUACACCUACACCUGAAUAGUGACUCAAAUUAGGAUGCCUGAAAGUUUCUAAAGGCAGUGAAGAGUUGGAAAGUUUCCUCUUUGUGAGAGCUUAGAAAGGAACUGUAGUAUUUCUCCAGAACUAUGCAAUGUCAUUAUCUUUGGCUAGUCACUUGGUUGUAAUCUUUCAACAAAUCAAAUUUUAUACAGGAACAGAAUAGCCUAAAGUGUACAUUGUAUAUCAUAUAUUCCUACAUAUUGCUGAAGUAAUAUAUCAGGGCAGGAAUUAAAACAUCUG